AACUUAGAAAAGUGAAAUAAUUAAAAAUACAAAAAAGUGAAAAGUGAUUUAAAAAAAAUUUAUUUUUCCAAAAAAAUUUUUUUUUUGUAGAAUUUGUUUGCAGUAUAUGCAAAAUUAUUUCGUACAUCCUAUGGUGAUAUUCAGAUUUAACGAUUUCACCAACCUGGCUGAAUUUACAAGAAGUUGUUGGGAUAAUUAUAAUAGAAGUUUGAGCAAAAAUGGUGGCAUUCACCGAAUCUUCCAAAGACUCGAUCCCUCCACAACGGCCAGCGAUCUCAAUUAUUUCCUUACCAUUCGAUCAGGCAAACCAGACUGAAGUGGCCAAAACACCGGCAGCUGAAUCGUAUUGCAGUGCUGCCUCGUUUGUCUCAAUCGCAACCACGUCAAAUGAAUCCACAGAAGCGUUAGAUGGUAAAUGCAUAAAUAAAUCAGAAACAUGGUAUUCAACUCUCAUGCAAGUUGCAAUACCAUUUUUCUUGGCUGGUAUUGGAACAAUUGGUGCUGGAUUAGUUCUUGAAAGAGUUCAGGCAUGGCCUGUAUUCCAAGAAGUAUCAGGAAUUUUGAUAUUAGUUCCAGCACUUUUAGGAUUGAAAGGUAAUUUAGAUAUGUGUUUAGCAUCACGCAUGUGCACACAAGCGAACUUAGGGAAUGCUGAAUCCAAGAGAGAAAUAUGUAAAAUGAUUACUGGAAAUGUUGCUCUUGUACAAGUUCAAGCAAUUGUCGCAGCUGUAUUAGUUGCAGUAUUUUCCGUGACCGUGGGUUCAAUCACAAAUAACCAAUUUAAAAUGGAGCACGGUGCAUUGUUAAUGGCGUCCGCAGUAUUCACAGCGACCACAUGUUGCUUUAUUCUAGAUUUUCUAUUAAUCGCAGUGGUUUUCCUUGCGUAUCGCUUAAAUUGUAAUCCAGAUAAUUUGGCAACACCGUUAGCUGCAAGUAUUGGUGACAUUGUAUCCGUCACAUGUUUAUCGUUUAUAUCGAACAUCUUGUAUCGUAAUUUGGAGACACAUUAUUGGGUCGUAUAUCUUGUUAUGGGCAUUUACGUCUUACUUUUACCAAUGUGGAUCCUAAUUGUACGUCGGAAUAAAUAUACCAAAAAAAUAUUAAUGACAGGUUGGACACCUGUAUUAUCGGCGCUCUUUAUUAGCGGAUUUGGUGGUUUAGUAUUGGAAUACGCUGAACAAUAUAAAGGUUUUGUUGUCUUCCAACCGAUAAUUAAUGGAAUUGGUGGUAAUUUAGUAUCCGUUCAAGCUAGCCGAUUAGCAACCAUGUUUCAUCAAACUUCGAUAUUAGGAAUUAUUCCACCACACACAAAAACAUGGGUAUCACCAUGUAAGGCGUUAUUUACCGGCGUACCGUCAGCGUAUACAGCUCGAAUUCUAAUAGCGAUGUCAAUUCCUGGCCAAUUAGUAUUCUUAUUUUCUAGUGAUUAUAUAAGUCAAGGUGGUGUUUCAACAGUAACACCAAUAUUUGCCUUAGCGUAUAUAUGCGCAGCUUCUAUACAAAUUAUGUUCCUAUUAUAUACAGCGCAUGUCCUAAUACAUAUUUUAUGGCGACGUAAAAUCGAUCCAGACAAUUCAGCCAUACCAUAUUUAACGGCAUUAGGGGAUUUAAGCGGGUCUUCCUUAUUGUUGGUGUCGUUUUUAAUUUUAAAUUGUUUCGGCCAAGAGUAUGGAUCGAACGUCGAUAAUUAGAAUUCGUAACCCAUAACGAACGUAACCAGUUUUGGGCGAUUUUAAUUUUUUUUUUUAAAUAAAUGCUUUCGUUUUCUAUUCGAGUAAAGAAUUAUUGAUUAUGACGGCAUUUACUUAUCUUUUAUUUAUUAACGUAGACUGAUUUUAUAGGAAAAUUUUAAGUAUUCCUCUUUCCUACAACCGAAAACGCACAGCUUUAAAAGGAAUUAAUUGUGUAUAAUUAUUAUAAGUAACCCGUGUUUAAUCAGUGUUCGGAGCACUAAAUGCUCCGAAGAACCGAAGAAGCACUGAUUAAGUUUAGUAAUUAUUGAAGAAAAAAAUAUAUAAUUGGACAUUUUCAAAUUUCGUGGCUCAACAAAAUAUAGCAUACAUUUUUUGGGUUUGUGAUAUCCAAAAAAAACCCUUAUAAAAAAAGUCCGAUUCAAAUUUUCAAAUCUAUUCUGAUUGAAUUCCAAUUCAAUUAAAUUAGAAAUUUCCAAUUCGAUCCCAUUGAUGAAUUGGAAAACAAUUGGAAAUUUCAGACUAGUUCUAUUGAAUUGAAUCGGAAUUCAAUCGGAAUGAAUAGGAAAUUUUUUCCAAUUGA